UGGUUUUGAUUUCCCAAAACGCGGCACGUGUUGUUCUUUAGCACAUUUCGUUUUCGGUUGAAAUUUAUAAAAUAAAUUAAUAAAUAAAGAAAAAUAAUGGCUGAUAACGAGGAAGGACCUCCAGAGGCAAGCAUUGACUUUGUCCCAGCUCUGUGCUUCGUGCCACGCGGGGUUUCAAAGGAACGCCCGGACAAGAUUGUGUUGACCCAAACCGAGUUGGCUAGAAUUAUUGGAGCCACCCAGAAUGAGUUGGACGAAGAUGACGACAGCAACGAUGAUGAAGGCGAAGAAGGGGGCAACAUGGAUGUAGAUGAGGAGGAGGACGAGGACGAUAAUGAUGCUGGCGCUCAAAAUCGUAAUCCCAAUGAUGAAUUCAAUUUCAAUGGCUAUGAAAAUGAGGAGAACUCCAAUGUAACCAGUAUGGCGAACAUUGUGGAUGCCGAUGAGCAAGUGCCCGAUGAAGAUGAGGAUUCCGAAGCCGAGGAUGAGGUUAUACAGAAAAAUGAUAAUCUCAUACUGGUGGGUCAUGUCCAAGACGAUGCAGCUUCCAUGGAAGUAUGGGUAUUCAAUCAGGAAGAGGAAUCCCUCUAUACCCAUCAUGAUUUUCUAUUGCCCAGUUUUCCCUUGUGCAUUGAAUGGAUGAAUCACGAUGCGGGCAGUGACAAGCCAGGAAAUAUGUGCGCCAUUGGCUGCAUGGAUCCCAUAAUAACAGUCUGGGAUUUGGAUAUUCAAGAUUCGAUUGAGCCUACUUUUAAAUUGGGUUCCAAAGGCAGCCGUAAGCAACAAAAGCCUCAAUAUGGCCACAAAGAUGCUGUAUUGGAUUUGUCGUGGAAUCGCAACUUUGAACACAUUUUGGCAAGUGGUUCAGUGGAUCAGACCCUUAUACUCUGGGAUAUGGAUGAGGGUCAACCGCAUACUACUAUCACAGCAUUCGAAGAGAAAGUUCAGUCGUUGGAAUUCCAUCCGGAGGAGGCUCAAAGUAUUCUCACCGGCUGUUCUGAUGGUUAUGUGCGUCUCUUUGAUUGUCGGGACUCGGAGAUGGUAAAUGCUGCCUGCACUAAGUGGCAAAUUCCAGGAGAAGUUGAAAAAGUCCUGUGGCAUCCCACACAGACGAACUAUUUCAUCAUUGGCUCAAACGAUGGCAGUCUUCACUAUGCCGACAAGCGGAAACCCAAUGAACUUCUCUGGUCCAUCAAGGGUCACAACGAGGAAAUCUCUGGAGUCUGCUUCAAUAGCCAGAAGCCCAAUCUAUUGACCUCCACAUCCACGGAAGGCACUCUGAAAGUCUGGAAUUUCGAUACCAAUGAGGCAAAAGAGGUCUAUGAGCAUGAAUUCAAUAUGGGACGCUUGCAGUGCAUGCGCCAGUGCCCUGAGGAUCCAUACACAUUGGCCUUUGGUGGCGAGAAGCCACCACGUUGUGCCGUCUUCAAUAUCAAGAACUCCAUAGCUGUGCGUCGGACAUUUGAAAUUGAGGAUGCACCUCAGGAAUAGAUAUUUCUUUUUGACUCCUAGCGAUAUAAUGUAUAUAUAAAUAAAUGUGUUUUUAUAUAAGGAUAAAAAAAAUAA